GUAUAAGUGAUGCAAUCAUGUGUUGAUUGAGUGGUGUUUUUCAAAACAUCAAGUGUUGAACCAAAGCGUUGGGACCAAAGAUGACGAUAACUCGCACCACAAAGAGUGGUAAGACUGACCACAAAGAGACCAUUGAGUGGAAGAAAGUGUUGUAUGAGAGACAAGGAGUGAAAGACCAUUACGUCCCGCCAUCUUUCCUCAAAGAUCUUCGCAAAAAUGUGAAUUUACAGAAAUAUGAGCUCAAAGACUGUAUCCUGUCUUCGACUGCAUUGACACAAGAGAUCUGUUCGAUUGUCAUCUUUAUUGUGGUCUUUCUAUACCUCGAUUCGGGUCGACCGCAGCUCUCGAUCGCUAUCUGUAUCUCAAUCGCUGUCAUCACUCUCUUCUUGUACUCGACACUCAUCUUCGUGUCGCCGAGUAAUGACGUGAUCAACGAAUUGAAAAGCGCCGCCAUAUUCCUCAUCAGCGGUUUAGCGGUGUCUCCGAUACUGAAGACAUUGACGGAAACGAUAAGCACAGACACGAUCUACGCGAUGGUGACAGUCAUGAUGUUAGUUCACCUCACUUUCUACGACUACGGCGCCAAAGCAGCCAUCGUUAGCACUCCGGUCGCACUCAAUGCCGCCAUUUUCGGUGGCGUAUGUCUCGCCUCCCGGCUCUCCACCACUUACGACGCCUUCGCGUUACUUAUCUUCGCGUCCGAUAUAUUCGUCUUAUCGGCGAUUCUUAGACGAAGAGUACAAACAGAGAACUGGAAGAUAUGUUUGACUGUAUUUUAUUGGAGCACUUCAUUCACACUACUGUCCAUCGCGUGUCCGCUAAUAUAUUUACUGCUAUUUAUAGUACUAUUGGUUUGCAUUAACUUUAUUUGUCCGCUCGGUUUCUAUCGGUGCCAGAAAUACAAAGAGUAUGUGUCUUAA